AUGGCCCGAUUCACUUUCGUCAAGGGUCGCAAGAAGUCGCCGCCUCAGCUCCUCAUUGCCGAACCCUUGAGCAAAGCACAUAAAAUCCUUGGCUCAACUCCCAUCAGCAUAGAUUCCCCCAAACCAUGGGACGACGCCUCCUCGGGGUUCAGCGGCGGCACCGCUACCAGUUAUGCUAGCACAGAAGACGACUCCUCCGAUGUCCAUGUGGCAAUCGCUCCCUCAGAAGACGAAUGGGCAAGUGAUUCGGAUAUGCUGCCGUCUAUUUUCGAAUCUAGCGGACUUGAGAGUGACAGCGACCGUGGCACGAGUAAGAUGACUCGCAGCUUGCGAGAGACGCAGUCCUCAUCCACCAUCAGAUUGCGUUACGAUAUUCCUCCUCCAGCUCCUGUCAUGGUGAAAGGAGUGCCGUCCAAGAUCCACAGGAUGCUCGACCUGGAAAACCACUCGAAUGAUACCAAACUUAAGAAAAAGCCACCCAUGCUCGACUUCUCCAAUCUACGCAAUGCCUCUCGCUUGUCGCGCAAGGCCUCGCAUAGUCAGCUGCGUACCGACGAGACUGUUGAAAACGAUGUAGGAAGCCUUAAUAGGUCUCCUUCCACGUCUCUGACGCCCAACCGCAAGUCGGCAAAAAAUCACAAUCGCGACACCAAGGAUGAGAUGCCUUCGCUAGCUGUGGAAGACUCGCAGCAUGCUCACAUGAUGGGUGGAAAACAUCGUGGAAACCUGAUGAAGGAGGCUCCAUCUCUCUAUUAUCACUAUGAGCAAAUGACUCUGCGCCAGCUCAGGAAAAAGGCAGAGACACGGAUGGGCAACCAACAAAGGAAUGAGGAAGCUAUGGAAGAGGCCAGUACAGAGGAUGACGAAGAGACAGAAGCAGGUCAAAAUCUGCCAUGGCUACAUGACAUUCUACCACCAACCCCUCAGACAGCAUUCAUGACCGGACUGACUCCGGCAGCCUUUCACGACAGAUCCAAUAGUACAGCCAGCAAAGUGACCGCAAGCACCAAGUCAUCAAAGACUAUUGCCCGUCCUGAUCUUCAAGAGACAAGUAUGCUGAUGCUAUCAUCCGAUUCAGAAGAAGAUGACGGGCCUGUACUUGUGUUACACUCUCAGACCAAUCCAAAGUGCCACCUACCAACUACCGUCGCAACUCGUACUUCUUCACACACACAACCCUCCAGAGCUCCAUCGCAAGCGCCAGACUAUCGGCCAACACGUCUUUCAAAAAAAGCCAGCGUUGCAUCUGCCAACAAAUACGUCACCUUUCCCAAUACUAGGAGGCUGAGCAACGACACUUCGGUUUCAAGAAAAUCUGGUUCAAAAUCGAGCACGCUCUUUAACGACACAAUUUCACUCCGCACGUCAUUAAUGUCAAAUGUCUCCAAUAUGUCGACCUUGCACUCUAGUGCUAACUAUAUUCAGGAGGCACGAGCAGUGAAGAUGCUGGCUGGCCGAGGGCCUUCUCGAUUAGAGCGUGACGCGGAAAGUAGCCCAGAUGCAGCGACACCUUUGACCAAUCUACCGCCUGCGAAAAAACUUCCAACUCCAGCACAUACGCCACCAGAGGAACUCACACCCCCUCUGAGUCCCACCUCUGUUGACUUUUUUCUUCGCUCUACCCGUUCCUCGGUUGAUGACUUUGGCAGCCACAAUCGCUACAUGGCUGUCACUCGACAAGAGCAAAUGCUACUCUCUGCCUGGAGAAACAAGCAGCAACACGACAAAGAGCGGCCCAGCGAGGCGCCUCAGCAGCCAGCGGAGGUGUGCAAUACAUUGGAAUCGACGAGAGCAAGCACAGCUGAAGAGGUGGAAGUAGACGAGACCGACAGCGUCUCUUCAGCAGAAAUCAGCGCAGUAGAAGCCAUGAUUGAGUUUGGGUUUCCCGCGCCGCCCUCGACCCGAAAGAAGCCUUUCUUUCAGAACGCUCUUGCCGCAUCUUCCAGUCAGAGUCGUGCAUUCACAGCGACAACUGAUCAACUUUCCCAUUCCAGCAUCGCGGACACCGAUAGCAUUCUGGAGUCUAUCCAGCCAUCUCUGGCUGCACUGACAGCUGAAACGCCCUCAAAGGGAAUACUUAAGCCCAGUCCUCGGCGCGAAGAGGCGGAGCAACGGGAGAUGACGCUUUACUUGGAUGACACUGAAUCAAACUCAGAUAUGACAGACUUCUCGGAAUUUGGGUACCUUACCAUGCCGUGCUUGCAAAGUGGACGCGACAAAACCUCUUUGCACUUAAGCUCUUCCUUUAGCGAAACAAUGCUCAUGCAAUCUUCUUCGUCUCACAGCAUGACAACGUCGGAAACUAAGCAGUUGGAUUGUGCUCGUUCCUCGCCGAGCGCAAUGGUUUCUGUUCCGGAAGAUGGUGAACCGAAAUAUGAUUCUGGAGACACCCCACGACCGGAUAGUCCCGUAUCCCCCGAUAUCUUCCCCACCGUACCUCAAAUGCGAACAACACCGACCAACUUGGCGCGCCUGAGCGCUGUUGGCUCAAGCCCAACGAUGAACAAGCUGGGAUGGUGGGGCGACGACGACUAA